AUGCCGCUAUCAACAGAAGCUCUUGUAAUGAGCCUGGCUGGCUUCAUGUCCGGAUACUAUUUCAGCGGUGCCUUCGUGUUCAUGCCCGCCGUUCUUCGAGCACCACCUCCUCUCGUCGCCCAGCAGUGGAAACGCGCCUGGGACGUUGGCCGCAUCGUUGGCAAAGUCAUCGUCACCUCAUCCGCCGCGGGCUUCGCGUACCUUGCGUACACCGAGAAAGACAAUAUUGGAAGUCUCAGGUUCCAGCUUUUGACAGCGGCCGCCGGGAUUGUGGGCUCUAUAGUGCCGUUCACCGUCAUCACCUCGUAUCCUUUCAACGAGGCCAUCAACAGCCAGCUCUUCAAUAGCAAUGGCGCGUCCAAGAAGAGUGAUGACGCUCCUGCGACGGAUCUAAAGGCACUCGUCGCACAGUGGGGACAGACUGACUUCAAGCGCAGCCUGCUGGCUUUUCUAGGAACUGCGGUCGGACUUGCUGGAGUUCUUGCUUAA